AUGUUUUUGAGCGAGAUGAGGAAGGAAGAACGAGAAGCACUAAGAUUACGUGUCGCAACUUUUCAUAAUGACACUGCUGGUGGUAAUAUGAAAACUACAUGGAAUUUAAAAAAAAAAGAAGGUUGUUGUUAUUCAACUGUACAUCGAGUCAUCCAAAGAUAUGUACAAUUUAAAGCCACAACAGAUUUGCCAAGAUCUGGUCGUCCACGAAAAUUGAACAACAAACAAACGAAAUCUAUAGCAUUCACUGUGAAUAAUAAUAGUGGUAUUAGUCAUAGAAUCUUAUCAAGACGUUAUAAUGUUGACCAUAGAACAAUUGGUAGAAAUUUAAAACAACGAACAAAUAUUCGUCCACGACAACGAAUUAAAGCACCGAAAUAUGUUAAAAAUCAGGAGAAGCGUGCACAAAAACAUUGUGGAUUUUAA